CAGAGGCAGCAUGGCGGCGGCGGAGAAGGCGCAGCGCUACGAGGCGUUCGUCAGCGACGUCCUGCAGCGAGAUCUGAGGCGGGUGCAGGAGCAGCGCGACGCCGUGUUCGAGCAGCAGGCGCAGGUGCUGCAGCUCCGCUCCGCCCUCAGCCGCCUGCAGGACGCCGCCGCCCCCCUGCACACCCAGGUGGAUCUCGGCUGCAAUUUCUUCGUCAGUGCUGAAGUCCCGGACCCCCGGCGCGUGUUCGUGGCUCUGGGGUUCGGGUUCUUCGCGGAGCUGACGCUGCCUGAGGCCCUUCGGCACCUGGAGCGCCGCAGUUCCCUCCUGCAGAGGCUGAGCGAUUCCCUGACGCGCGACGGGGCCAAGAUCCGCGCCCACAUCCGGCUGGUGCUGGAGGGCCUGCGGGAGCUGCAGGGGCUGCAGGAGCCCCCUGUGACCUCUGACCCCUGACGGACGCUGCGCUGGCCCCGCCCCCUCGGCUGGGUGUAAACCU